UGUCUUUGAACAUGCGUAGUGCACGCGCACACAGUGUUUGCAGUGUACUCGAGAGUUGCAGAGUCAUGUUGAUGCAUAAAUUCCUCCCCACCGGCACCGCCGCAGCCUUUUGGAAGCCUGCCCGCCGCGACGCAGAGCAGCAGCGACACUCGCGGCUCCGCACAUUCACACUUUUAAUGUGAAGAGUGGCAGAUCUGCUGGUUUCCGGACAGGACAAAAGAAAGCGUCCACCAGUGAGACCUGUGUUGUUCUCUUGUGAUAUACAGUGUAACGGCGGCUAAAGUGUUGCUUUAGCUGCAAGGAAGUGAAACCUUGGAGUGUGUGACGCCCACACCCACACAUGCAUACACGAGGGAUAAACAUCACAACAGACGGGAUUAAAGAAAUCCCUGCCAGGAUACAUCCGAUUUGUGCAGUUACACACACUUUUUGCCAACCACUUCCCCUUUUUCUCCCGUGGAACGCUAAAUUGCAGAGCGCUUCCUGAAAUAUCCGAAUGAUUCACUUUUAAAGCCCUGAAACCUGUCAAAUCUGAACCUAUAGCGAUUUAAUGAUCAUGGUUUGACUUGUGCUUUGGGAUCUGUGUGAUCUUGAUUCAAAGGCUCAGUCAGUCAUGUUGGAGCCUGGAUCUGUGGAUGAGGGAGUAUUAUGUGGUUCUCUAUCAGUCUGCGAGCUUGUUUACCCGCCGUAUUUGUGCAGAGAAACAUUUGAGCUGAAUGUAUUUUAUGUGGCAACUGGCUUUUUCACUGGACUACUUGAUCUGCCCGCUGGCUGUGGCCGGGGCCACCAAUGGAUGGUACCAUUACGCUGUUCACAUCCCUAAUUUCUUGGGACGUGUCAACUUACUGAAUAGACUUGUGUUAAAUUUGAGGCCAAAUGGAGGAACUAAGGGCAUCUACUCACCGGCGCCUUUGGAAUAACCAAAGGAAUUUCCUCUGUUGAAAGUCUGACCCCGAUGGGAUAAGAGCUUAAAACGCUGAACUGUACAAGACUGUAAGACUGAGCAACCCCAAAAACGAUCUGGAAUACCGCUCUCACAGAAUGCAUUGCCCCACGAGGAAGAAACGUCCCACGCGCGACUCCGAUUUCUCGGCCAUCGCCGUUCCCUCGAUGCACGGGUCCGGGUAUCUCGACUACACGGUGGAGACCCACGCGUCCAGAUCCCUCGAGGCCAUGGAGGAAUUCAGACGGCACGAGAUGUUGUGUGACCUCGUGCUUCAUGUCACAUACAAGGAAAAAACGGUGGACUUCAAGGUGCACAAGGUGGUGCUGGCCUCCUGUAGCCCCUACUUCAGAGCCAUGUUCACCAGCAGCUUCAAAGAGUGUCGCGCCUCAGAGGUCACUCUGCGCGAUGUUUGCCCCCAGGUGGUGGGAAGACUUAUUGACUUUGCCUACACCUCCCACAUCACAGUGGGAGAGAAGUGUGUGUUGCACAUUCUUCUGGCCGCUAUGAGGUAUCAGAUGGAGGACGUGGCCAAGGCGUGCUGCGAUUUCCUCACGAAGCACCUGGAGCCUGCUAACGUCAUCGGCAUCGCCCGCUUUGCUGAGGAGAUCUGCUGCACGGAGCUGCACCAGCGGAGUCGAGAGUACAUCAAUACACACUUCAGUGAGGUGACUAAAGAAGACGAGUUCUUCAGCCUCUCUCACUGCCAGCUGCUGGAGCUCAUCAGUCAGGACAGUCUCAAGGUGCUCUGUGAGUCUGAGGUGUACAAGGCCUGCACGGACUGGGUCCGCUGGGAUAUGGAAGGGAGAGCUCAGUACCUGCAUGCCCUCCUGAACGCGGUUCAUAUCUACGCCCUGCCUCCUAAGUUCCUAAAGAACCAGCUGCUGUCCUGCCCCAUCCUCAGCAAGGCCAAUUCCUGUAAGGACUUCCUGUCUAAAAUCUUCCAGGAUAUGACAUUGAGGAAGCUGCCUCCUGCACCUAAUCGUGGAACUCAACUCAUCUAUGUGGCCGGCGGAUACCGGCAGCAUUCACUGGCCUCCAUGGAGGCUUAUGAUCCCCGGGGGAACGUGUGGCUAAAACUGGCUGACAUGGGGUCUGCAUGCAGUGGUCUGGGGGCCUGUGCGCUGUUUGGACUGCUGUACACUGUCGGAGGCAGGAACCUGUCUCUUCAAAACAACACGGAGUCCAGCGCCCUGUACUGCUACAACCCGAUGACCAACCAGUGGAGCCAGCGAGCCUCCCUCAGCAUCCCCAGGAACCGGGUUGGGGUGGGCGUGGUAGACGGCUGCAUCUAUGCUGUCGGAGGCUCCCAGGGCUCCACGCACCACAACACGGUGGAGAGGUGGGAUCCAGAGUCUAAUCGCUGGUCCUUCGUUUGCCCGAUGUUGGUGGCUCGUCUGGGUGCUGGAGUGGCGGCGUGCGGGGGGGUUCUGUAUGUGGUGGGGGGAUAUGACGGGCAGAACCGGUGGGACACUGCUGAGAAAUACCAGCCUGACACUAACACCUGGCACCAGCUGGCACCCAUGAACACUAUACGCAGUGGACUGGGAUUGGUGUGUGUGAACUCUCACCUGUACGCAAUAGGAGGGUAUGAUGGGCGGAGCCAGCUGUGUUCUGUGGAGCGUUACAAUAUAGCCAGGAACCAAUGGGAGCCCAGGGCCUCCAUGCAGUACUGCCGCAGUGCACACGGAGUCACAGUCCACCAGGGAUGCAUCUUUGUCCUCGGAGGCUUUAACCAGAACGGCUUCCUGUCCAGUGUUGAGUGUUAUUGUCCAGAAAGAAAUGAAUGGAUGUGCGUCACCGACAUGCCCGUUGGACGCAGCGGCAUGGGCGUCGCUGUUACCAUGGAGCCGUGUCCCGGCAGCCUGCCAGAACAAGAGGAGGACGAGGACGGAAUCACAUGAGGAUGAGAGCCACGUGAGGAUGAUGAGGACGAAAUCUGUUUGAAGUCUCAAGUGUUGAAUGCAGUUCUAAGUGGUGCUGCUUGCUUUCCAAGACAGGGUGAAGUGCAUUCAAUAAAAAAAAACGCAUUCCAAUAUGAAAACUCCUCGUACAUCCCCGCUCUCACGGAUCUCACUUGUAAUCGCCCUGUGGAGUACUGCAGGUAUAGUUUGUACAGAAACGAGGAAGAGGAAGAAAUGCAUCUACACAAGUGACCUCACUAUGAACAAGGUGCUACAGAUGUAAUCUCAAAUAAUGGUAUUUAAUUAACAAUUGUUACCCCUCUGCUGUUUUUAAUCUCUUAGUGUUACACUUUAUUUGUAAAUGUAAGUGAAUGGCCUUCAGUGUCCUGAUCUCUAAUUCCUCACUCUGUGUUGCAUCUCUACCUCUGUCUUUUCUUUAUUUUGUGCCAAAAUAGUUCCACACAAAUCUACCUGUGUGUGUGUGUGUGUGUGUGUGUGUGUGUGUUGUGUUUCUGAAAAUAGAGUGAAUCAAAUGUGUAUUUCUGCACAUUAUGUUCAUCGUUGUAAUUCCCAUUUUCUCGUGAUGUGAGUAAAGACUAAUGUGUUUUUACUGA